AAAUAUUUUGAUGAUUUUGCUUUGGAAUAAUAACAAUAAUUAAAAUAUCUGUUUAUGAACUACAUUAUUGAAUCUGUGUAAAACACUCAUUGUUAAAUAUUCUUACAAUUUUAAUUUGCUGGGAACCGAAAAUUAGUUUUAAACUUAUUUCUGAAUAUUAAAAAAUGGUUCAGAAUGAAUAAUACGUGUACACGAUUACUUGGCUGAAGCCGUAAUGCUUACAUUUUUUUGCGAAUUACAUUACUGGACGUUGAAAAACGAUCUAUCUGUUAGCAAUACAGAUUUUAGUCACUUCAAGUAUGUAUGAGUAAUAUUGUAUUAGUGAUUUUAUUAUCUUAGAUAAUCUAGUAGAUUUGUUUAAGACAAUUUUAUUUUUCCUAUAUCUAUUAUUGAUACUGGUAUUUGCUUGCAGAUAUAAUGAAAAGAAAGAAACGGAAACAUCAACAGACAAAAUUAUUAAACGGAAUUUUGUUGAAGCUCGCGGAUUUAAUUGGUCAGUGUCUAACAAAAGGCCGGCCAAGUUGAAAGACUCAUUAAAAUAUUUUGAAGUAGGUAACCUAUUUAGAACAAAACAUAAUUCAAAAUGUAUAAUAUUAAUAUUAUUUUUACAUACCUCAUAUAGUCAGUUGAGAUUUUACUGUAAUUUUUUUUUUUUUAAGUAUCAAUAUAGUUAAUAUAAAAUGUCAAUAAAUACCUAAAUAGUACAAUUAAAAUAAGUCAUUAACCCAAAAAAAUAAUACUUUACUAUUAAGUUUAUCAAAGAAUAUUGUGUGAUUCAGUUUAACAGAAAAUAAUAUAAAUUUAGCUUUCUAACUGGUCUGUAAUAUUUUAAGUUAACCUAAUGUAUUAUUGUAUUGUUCUUUAUUUUUUUGAUAGUCAGAACUGAAUGAACAUUAUUUGAUUGCUGCCGAAUGGCUAAAAAAGGACAAAAUUGCAUUCAUACUUAGUAAUGGAUCAACAAUAUUUUUAACAUUUGAUCCUAUUAGUUGUGAUGUAAUUGAAAUUGUUACUGAUAAAUUUCUGCAAUCAAAAUUUCAAUGUGAUCAAUUAAUUAACGGUAAUUAUGAUUGUAUGGUAUUCAAUAAUUUUAGAGUUAUAUUAUUGAUUAUUACAAUUAAAUACUGUGUUAUAUUCCAGUCUCUUAUAUGAAACAAGUUUUGGUGUGUUCAUUUGCGGACCAUAAAUUGAGUAUUAUUCAUUUUGGACGACCAUUUGAUCGUACUCAAAACAAAUGGUCCCUUUUAGAGCCAAAAAUUGGGUUGUCCGACUUCAGUAAUUCCUCUAUCAAUAGAAAAAAUGAACGGAAAAUUACGUUCAACAUAUCUGCAACAAUGGUGGCCACGUGGUCCAAAUCAUCAUUAAAUGAAGUGUACCCAUGGAAUCCAUUAGUGAAAGACGAACACAGAGCCAAUGUACAUGUGUACAAAAUCAUUGGGUAAAAAUAUGAUUUACAAUAUUAUUAUUGUUUUCCUUACAAAAGUUUUAAUAUUUUGUUUUUGUAGGCCACGACUAGAACUCUGUUGCUACUAUCAUACCAAGCAAGACCCUCUUAUUGUGUCAUUUAGUAAAACAUUAUCAAAUAUUUUAUUCAUUUUGGAACAAAAGGUUGAUGGAUUGGGAAAUCUUUAACUUCUAGUAACAAGUUUAUGACGCCAAAAUAUAUUUUCAGAAUUGCAAUGAUCCAAGGAUUGAUUUUAGUACCUUCGAAGUAACCAAUACAAAAUUACAUUUAGUCAGAGUAGUAACAAUCAGUCCAUUCGAUUGGUGUUCCGCUUCCAUAAUCAACGCUUGGCUAAACAAGGACGAUACACGGUUAUGUUUUUCAUAUAACGAUUCUAUACUGUUUAUUCAUGAUUUCAAAUUAUCUAUUACAAGUUCCGUGAAAACUGCUUUUGUGAGUACCUAAAUUUAAUUUUUAAAGUUAAUUCUUAAUCUUUUACCGUCAGAAAACAACAACCCUUAAUCCCUUAAUGGUUCUUUAUUAAUAAUAUAAUAAAGCAAAAACAAAAUUAUUAAAAUAGUUAAUACUAGUAAAUAAAAAAUUUAAUAAAUGCGUUGCCUAAAGUAUUAUUAUAAGUGUAUUAUAAAACCGGUUUUGAAUUAAAAAUUCAUCAUCAGAUAUAUCAUUAAUCUCCCCUAUAAAAAUAAGUUAUUUCAAUAUAAAACGACCAAUAUGUAUAAUUUUUUUUUUUCUAUGCAUUCUUUCAUUUAAUUUUUCAUAUUCAGUCACGUUUUACAUUUUGAUAUCUGAAGAUGAAUUUUUAAUUCGAAACCCGUCGUGUAUUACACUUAUAAUACUCCAGGCGACGCCUUCAUUCAUUUAUUUAUGUUUUAUUUCUAUGUUUAUUUACUGUAUUUGUUCUUUAUUACCUAAUCUAAAAAGAAAUACAACAUUAUAAUUUUGAUUAUUUUCAAAAUAAUUUAGCCAGUAGAAUAUUUGGACUGGCAUCCAGAUGGUAAUGUAAUUGCUGUGUCGGAUAUCAAUGGUAGGAUACAAUGUUACGAUUCUUGCUUAUCGUGUAUCAAUCUACAACCAUUGACUGAAGAAACCAGUAAUUUAACUUGGUUAGACCUGCAAUCUAAAAUUGGAAACAAAAAGCUAUUCCACAUGAAGUGGAUGCCGUGCGAAACAUCAAAAUAUCCUGUAAAUCAAUCAGAUGCCAUUCUUCACCUUGUGUUUGAAAGGUUCAAAACAUUUAUUUAAUAUUUUUACCUAUACAUUUUAUUACAAUUCUCAUUUACAUUUUAAGGGGUCCCGUGAUAGCUAUAAAAGUAAUGGGAAUUGGAAAGUUAUGUAUAAAUCAAUUAGUCUCUAUGUACCUCAAUGAAAAUGAUGUUGAUCGUGCGCUCAACUUUCUCUUAGGACUCAAUUGGCAUUCUGAUGGGCCAUCAUGUCUAAUGACCUUACAACAGAUUACAAACUAUUUAUUUCGUUUACCAUUUACUCCUGUCAGAGAAGGUAUAAAAAUGUUUAAAUAUUUGUUUCACUGUAUUAUUGUAAUAAUUAUGUUUUUUUUAACAGUUCAAUUACAAUCAGCAAUAGGUAGUUUUUAUCAACCCAUUAUACCGCUAAAUGAAGAUACCCGCCAUGAAUAUUUUGAACCCGUAAGAAAUAUUGCUCGUCGUUUUUUUCAUCAUUUAGUGAGGUUAGCAUAAUUAAUUACUUUUGUUUUCGUCAAUCUACAGUAAAUAUUUAUUUAACAAAAAUUAUUUUUUAGAUAUGAACUUUAUGAAAAAGCAUAUAGCUUGGCAAUCGAUUUAAAUGAUAGAGAUUUAUUUAUGGAUCUAUAUUGGGCGACAAAAUCGGGAAUCGGCACUAGGGCUAUGGCAACUAUGGCAUUGGAAAAAGCAAAUCAAAUAGUAACAUCGGAAUCAGGCGACUCUCAUUCCAGUCAGUCAUCUGACUGUGAUUGUAUAGAGUGUGAUUCAAGUUCUUUAAGGCCGCCUCUACCAAAUGUGCCAAUCACAUCACCAUCUUCACCAUCAUUGUUUGUUCAGCCCGUUCCCAAUAACAGGUCUCUGAAUAAUGUUACAACUAUUAGUGUGCCGGUAAAUAAUCUCAAUUCUAACUUAAAGCAUGAUUAUGAGUAGUCUAUAAUUUGGUUUUAAUUUUAAUCUGUAGUAUAAUACGAGUGUACAAAUUGAAAAUGUUCGAACUACUAAAAAUAUUGAGCUACCGACCACUUCAUUAGACAGUGUACCACACCUGAAGUAUCCAUUUGAACAGCAAUUGCUUACUCAAAACAAUACCCGACCCGGUUUGUAUUGAGUCGUUUAUCAUAAGUUUAUUUUAUUAAAAAAAUUUGAAAUUUUGUUUUGAAAAUUUAGAAAGCAAGAGUCAACAGAGUCAACUUUCACCUAAACCACAACCUGAUAAAACAAUCAAAGUCGUUCAUUUUGGUAUUGUAUGAUGUAUUUUUACAUUAUCCGCAACAUUUUUAUAGAAUUGUAUUUAUUUAAGAAAAUAAUGAAUUUAUUAGUACAUAAGUGAAGAUUGUAAGACUGUCUAAAUUUAUGUCAGUUUUUUUGGACUGGCCAUAUUUCUAAAUAAAAAUAAAAAGACAAUGAAAAUUGGUGACCAUUUAGCUUAUAAAUAAAUAUUCACUUUUGAAAGAACCAUCAGUUCAAUUUGAAAUGUUUCUAUUAAGGUGGUUUGGUAUUUACUAUAAUAAAAGAUUUUUUUUUAUUUAUUUUUCUUGCCCAAUUCUACCAAAUGAAUGCCAUAUUAUAUAAUAUUAUUUAUUGUUGUUUAUACACUAUAUUAUUAUUGUUAAAAUGUUUUAUUGUUACACUGCUCGUUAAUAAUUGACAAAUAUAAAUUUUGUUUAAUAAAAUUGUUAUAUAAUUCUCAAAAUAUCAUUUAACACACCGAAUUUAAUUUAAUUAUACGUAUUAUACACUAUAUUAGAUUUUAUAUCAGUGUAAACAUUAUUAUUUAUUUUUAUACUUUUAUAAUUUACAUAAAUAUUUUAUUAUUUAUAAAUUUUAAAAAUAUUUUUUUCAUUCUCUUGAGUUGCAUUAUUUAUACCAUUAUUUCAAUUCUAACCUAACUUCCUAUAAUAUAAAUAUAUAUUUUAUAUUAUAUACACUAAUAAAACGUGUUAACAGUAAAAGUAAAAAAAAAAAAAAAACAUUACUUUAUUAGGCACUACACAAUUUUACAGGUUUAAAUUGGUAAAAUAAAUUUAACUUAAAUCACUUUUUUUUCUUGGCUCCACCCAUUUCUUCUAAUUGGACUUUCAAUGAUUUAAGCUCACUAUCUGGUAUAUAUUUUAAUAAUUCAAGUUCAUCUGUAUGUUUAUGAAUUGAUACUUUAACGCCCACUGGUAACGAAUCUUCAAUUAUUUCAAUUAGUAAAGAUAGCUUUGUAUUGGGAAUAUCAACUAC